GAGAGCCGCGGUUAAAGGUCGAUGACGAUGCAACGGGUUCAAGAUCAGGACAAUGGAAUCAACAUUAAGUUCGGCCCGAGCAAACCCCGGAAGGGCGACUACAGACUGGUGUCGCAGACCUCCAACAAUCAAGAUCGUCACAAUGGGACCAAUAAAUCAGAGAACAAUGAGAAGAAAGAGGAGGAGUUAGUCCCACCGGACGGAGGCUGGGGAUGGCUGAUACUCCUGGCUGCCGUCAUGGUCAACCUUCUCAUCCCCGGCACUAUCAAGUCUUUCGGGGUAUUGUUCGUCGAAUUCCUUGACGUAUUUGAUGCAUCACCAGCGGCAGCUGCAUGGAUACCGUCGCUUUGUUACUUCCUAUACAGUUCGCUGGGCCCACUUUCUAGUGUACUUUCGGUCAAGUAUUCCUAUCGUACGGUAACUUUAAUAGGAGGGACGUUUGCCGCGGCGGGGAUGAUGUUGAGUUAUUUUGCGAACUCUGUGGCCUUUCUAUGCGUUAGUUAUGGUGUAUUCGUAGGUACGGGUGCUGGAUUAGCAUUUCCUCCAACUGUAUAUAUUGUGACAUCUUAUUUUGUACGGUUUCGAGGACUUGCCAACGGGCUUUGCAUAUCUGGCAGUGCGUUAGGUUCAAUAUUUCUUCCGCCCGUUCUGGGUUUUCUUUUACGAGAAUAUGGUUACAGAGGAGCAGUAUUAAUAAUGGGUGCUGUCACGCUAAAUGUCUGGGCGAGUGCGCUCCUGUACCACCCGGUAGAAUGGCACUUAGUGCCAGCUCGGCCUCCAGACGAUAGCGAGGCGCAUGAUAAUGGAGAGACUAUGUCGGUGACUGUUACUAGCAGUCCUGAGCAAGCGACAGAAAAGAGCAACAGUCAGCUGGCAUCAUUGAGCAACUCGACGAAUGAAAAGGCCGCACCGAUUGUGCCGAAGAGCGCAUCGAGCGUUGCCUUGGAAUAUUAUAAGAACACACCAGUGCAAAGUCGCACGCGAAAGAUCAGUAUGCCCACCGGACGCGAGAUCAGUGGACAGAUGCACAGCACGCCGACAUUGCACGCUGUGCCAGAGCGCGGUGGUGUCAUGGUCGAAUCCGCCAAAUAUGUCAGGACGCCGAGGUCACCGCUGCACUCACCUAGCACGUCGUCUUUCAAUUACGUCAGUACGCCGUAUCACGGUAGUACACUGUCGGUUCUGCACCCGGAACGUGCGUCCACGUUGACAUUGAACGCUAUCUCCAGCACGUUUACCAGGAAGUCGAUUAGCGAGCAGAAGCGACGCGAGCACGACGAGAAGGAUCAACAGAAUAAAUUCUUCGAUUUCAGCUUGCUCAAAGAUCCCAUCUAUCUCGUCAUCCUCAUCUCCAAUUCCACCAAUGCCAUCAGCUAUACUAAUUUCAUCAUUUUGUUGCCAGCCUAUGCUAUUUCUCUAGGUUUCGACAAUUGGGACGCAUCGUUGUUACUGUCGAUCGUCUCCAUGCUCGACUUGGUAGGUCGUAUCGGCGGCUCCGCUCUCUCCGACAUCAAGAUCAUGCCCAAACAUUGGUACUUCGUUGGCGGUCUGCUCGCCUCCGGGAUCUCUUUGGCCAUCAUGCCCACUUCCAACACGUAUACCAUGCUGUCUGUUUAUUGCUCCUUCUUUGGUCUCGCGUCCGGCAUCUACGUCGGCAUCACGGCCGUAAUCAUGGCUGAUAUGCUGGGCACAGAGAAACUCACCUCGUCCUAUGGCAUCUCGUUGUUCGUCAACGGUGUCAUUCAAUUGGUGGGACCGCCAAUUUGUGGUAUAGUGUUCGAGCAGAUCGGUAGCUACGGACCAAUCUUCAGUAUACUAGGUAUCAUUCUAGUGUUCGGCUCAUCUCUUUGGAUCAUGGUGCCGUUCAUCCGGAAGAGACAGGCAACGUUGGAAAAGCCCGUCAGGAUAGAUAAAAUAUAAUAGACCAAAUAAACAAAAUAAAGUAUAGACGUCUGUCUUUGUUAGUAUCUGAAAAUCAUAGUCUUUUCAUUUUACAUAUUCGAAUUUAAGUUUUGGGAUAAUCGUGUAUCGUAAACAUAUACACGCGAGCGAGAUAAUUAUCCCAAGUUUACGAAUUUUAAAAUAUAAAAUUAAAUAUAAAAUAUAAAAUUAUGAAAAAGAAGAUGAAUAAACCGUCGAAUCGCGUGCGACUCAACAUUGUGCGGGGACACGUACGAGCUUAAUUAUGCGGUCAUUUAGUCGUGUAAGUAGCGUAUAUUUAAGUAUGUAAAAAAGAGAGAAUGAGAGAGAGUGAUCGAAUAUUAUAAUAUAAUAUUAAACUGUGAUGUUAGCACGAGUGUCAUGUAUUACAUUGACAAGUUUUCGGACCGAGCGAGUUAUAACGAAAGGAAGUGUCGAAGUUUCGCUUAGUCCGACUUACACACGGAACUGUCUACGAUAAUUAAUUGCAGAAUAAUUAUUGAUUGUAAUAAUUAUCAUUUAUCGCCAAGGUGCGGUAAAUGUGGGGAAAAAAUCUUAUCAUAAUAUCAAGCAUUUUUUUGUCUGUUGUCUUCAGAAAUUAGUUGAUGUUUGUACACAAGUAAUUAAUUCGUAUAAAACGUUUAUUUUG